AUGUCGGAUGACUUAACACUAAAACAACUCUACACUGCUGACAUUCCGGAUGCAAUCAAACAGUUAGGGAUGAAUUACGAAAACUUGAAACAAGUUGCCGACUACUGCGAAACAAACUACAAUGAGGUAAGGAAAGCACUUAUCUUAUUUUUUUUUCUUUCUAUUUCUCUCUCUCUCUCUCUCUCUCUCCUUUUCUUUUCCUUUCCCUCUCUCUCUCUCUCUUUUUCUUUUUCCUUUCCCCUCUCUCUCUCUCUCUCCUUUUCUUUUCCUUUCCCCUCUCUCUCUCUCUCUCUCUCUCCUUUUCUUUUCCUUUCCCUCUCUCUCUCUCUCUCUCUCCUUUUCUUUUCCUUUCCCCUCUCUCUCUCUCUCUCUCUCUCCUUUUCUUUUCCUUUCCCCUCUCUCUAUUCCCUCCCUCUCUAUAUAUAUAUUCCCUCCCUCUCUCUUCCCUCCCCCUCUUACUCCCUUUCUUUUCCCCCUCUUUUUUCUUCUCUCGUUCUCUCUUUUUAUCUCUCGUUCUCUCUUUCUCUUUCUUUCUCUCUCUCUCUCUCUCUCACACUCACUCACAACUUUUCCUAUCUCCAAAAAGUAUUUGCUAUUGUUCUACGUCAACUACUUGUCUCAUUUUUUACAUUACUGGACAGUGUUAUCUAUGCAUCCCAUUCGCCAUACUUCGAAAAGUCAUUCACUCUUUUCUAA